CGCCAACAAUCCGCUUUGCGCUUUCUCGUACUCUGAAGCCAACGACACGUCCAUGAACGGCGAUGAGAAGAGGAGGACAAGGAAUGGGUGCUGGCUGUGCAGGUUGAGACGGAAGGUUCAAAGCUUCUCACUGUCAUUUUGGAACCAUCUUACAUACACCCUCCUCAUGAACAGGAAUGUCGUGCCUCAAAUAUCCGUAGUCCUUGCAGUCAUUGCUCGCGGCUGAGCAUCAUUUGUCCCCUUGGCUAUGAACAAGCUCGCCCUCCGAGUAUGAAGGCAAGAGGCGGUUUUGGUCAUUACUCUUUAUUCGAUUCUCUGACUACGCAGGGUGAUUCCACAGGAGAAAGGCGACAAGGCAAAGGAAAUGAAAAAAACAAUCAAAGACUGGACGACGCAGAUGCGGAGCAGGGCGGGCAGGGACCGUGCUGAGGGUCAGAUGCUGGACCUCUCCUAUUUGAUCUGGCCCUCGGGAGGAGCUGCCGUUGCCGCGCCUAUCGCAGGGUCUUCGGGGGCCGAGGAAUUUCCCACUCCAUCAGGCCCCCACCUCGGCCAACCAGCUUCAGCUCGUACGGUAUCUCAUGUUCACGAAGACGGAGAGAGCAGCAUUGUCCAAUCCAUGUUCUCUUCUCCACCAGCACUGUCUAUGGGACCCCAAAGUACCAAAGGGGUAGCGCCUUUGAUAUCACACGCAGAUCGGUUUGACGACGGUUCUAUACCAGUCCCGCCGCCCCCACAGACCACUUUGGGAAACUUGGAGCGGCGUCCAAGUUUUCUUCCUGGUCUUUGGGACCUGCCCUAUGUUCCAGUGAGUGUGCCCGAACGUCCUUUGAGCCCGAUGCGAGUGAAUAUGCAGUUCUGUGACGGAAUCACAAUCAACCCUUUUCUUAUCGAGGCCACGGUGCCCGGGAGCCUGGACCACGUCGGGGGGGAUCAAGCACCAACUCAGCAACUAGAUCCCCCCAUCUUCCCGCUGAAUUAGGCCGUG